UUUUUGGAUGCUAUGGAAAUAUUACCGCCACAGUCUAAUUCCAUUACCAUCCUCCUCCUUUUUCAUGAUCGAAGAAUUUUGAACAAACAAUUUCUCGACUCCCACCCGAAGCUUCUAGGUCCCUCUGCCUCUCUCCCUAUCUGAUCCGAGUUUGGAGUCCAAUGGAUGCCACAAAGUCAAAUAUAGCUGUCCUGGCAUGUACCGAUGAUGCUGUCCUUCCUGUCAGUACUGUCUUUGAGUCGAUGGGAGAAAUUGGAAAUGGAGGGGUUGAGCAUUGUGAUCCUCUAGUCCUCACAUGUGCAUCGUCUCUAAGCAAGUUGCCAGUGGAAUCUUCCUCUAUCGAUAUUGUAAUUUUAAUCUGGCAAUCUCUUGACUGCCCUCCUGAUCAACUGGUUCAAGAAACACUGAGAGUAUUAAAAGUAGGAGGGUCAACUUUUAUUCGCAAGCCUUCUCAGUCUGCUUCGGGUUCAGUUGACAAGAUGAUGUCUGAUCUUGAGCACAAGUUACUGUUGGCAGGGUUUUCAGAAACACAAAUUUUAGAAUUAAAAUCAACCACCUCAUCAGAAAUCAAGCCUUCUGGGAUUAAAGCGAAAAAGCCUUCAUGGAAAAUUGGUUCUUCUUUUGCCCUAAAAAAGGCAGUGAAGACUCCACCCAAAGUGCAAAUUGAUGAUGAUACAGACCUUAUAGAUGAAGAUAGUCUUUUGACUGAAGAGGAUUUGAAGAAACCCCAAUUGCCAACUGGUGAUUGUGAAGUUGGAAGUACAAGAAAAGCAUGCAAAAACUGCACUUGCGGAAGGGCUGAAGAAGAAGAGAUGGUAUUGAAGUUAGGAUUGAGUGCAGAACAGAUCAAUAAUCCUCAAUCAGCUUGUGGCAGUUGUGGUUUAGGGGAUGCUUUCAGGUGCAGCACCUGCCCUUACAAGGGUCUUCCUCCAUUCAAGUUGGGUGAAAAGGUUACACUGACCGGUAACUUCCUUGCGGCUGACAUAUAAUUGGUAUUGGGGAUAUUUUUCGUUGCGGUGGGAGCAUAUAGUUACUGCCACUUGUGGUCGGGGGGAGGCCUAUUAAGCGCUUUGUUUAGGCAUAAUCAGAU